AUGGGGAGGCCGCCGUGCUGCGACAAAUCGAAUGUGCGGAGGGGCCUCUGGACCGCGGAGGAGGACAAGAAGAUCGUCGCCUACGUGUCCACUCACGGCGCCGGCAACUGGGCCUCCGUUCCGAAGAAAGCGGGUCAACGCCGAUCUCCAUCCAUCGUAGCCCUCUGAUACUUUCCAUCUAUUCUAUCUCUGAGGUUGACUGAAGCCUUCGCAGGGCUGAAGAGAUGCGGAAAGAGCUGUAGGCUGAGGUGGACCAACUACUUGAGGCCCGAUCUCAAGCACGACGACUUCACUCCCGGGGAGGAGCAGACGAUCAUAUCCCUUCACGCCAAGAUUGGCAGCAGGUGGGAAUAUCUCGGGGUUCUUGUUCGGGGGCACUCCGAAACCCUCAUAAAGAACAGAGUUUUAUCAUCGACCUCAGCUUUCUGAAACCCCCCCCCGCAGCUGGGGUGAUGUAGGGAGGGGAGAGAGGGGAUGGAUAAGUUGCCCAUGCCUUGUGGCAUCAUAACAGAAUUAACUAACGAUAACGCAUGCCCAGUACUAGGGAGAGAGAAGCUCUCUCUCUCUCUCUCUCUCUUCCCCAUCCGAGGUGACACUGACAGAGAAAAUGAUGGGUGUAGGUGGUCGAUCAUAGCGCACCAGCUGCCGGGGAGAACGGACAACGACGUGAAGAACUACUGGAACACGAAGCUGAAGAAGAAGCUCAUACAGAGGGGGAUCGACCCGGUAACGCACCGCCCCAUUUCUCACGUCGUCAACAGCAUCCAAGGCCUCUCCAGGGCUUGCGACGGCGACAUCGAAGUCAACGCGGCGGAAUGCCACAUUCAGAAGGACCCCCGCGUUAGCUGCCUCGGUCGGGAUCACCACCACGCCUUCGCCCCUCUCCCGGAGUCAACGCCUGACCUUGCCGAGACGGCCAUGGCGGAGCAGGAAGCCGCAUCCUACAGCUGCAAACCUGCAUGGGACCUCCUCGUCCAACUCCAUGCCGUCAAGCUAGUCGCCGACGCCUCCGUUGAAGGGUUGACCACGCCGUUGAGCUUCUCCCACAACCUGCCAGGCUCUGCUCCUUUGCCUUCCUCCCUCAACCUCACGCCGGAAACAAUCGCAGAAGGCCCCUCAGAUUUCUCGUGGACAGAUUUGACCCCUCAAGGCGGCCUGCCCACCUUCCCGUUUGCAGAAGCUCCUCCUCUCCGAGGGAUCUUUCAGGAUGAGGGCGGCGAGAUCUGCGGCGGCACUCCGGCGAUCCUCGGGGAAGACGACGGCGACGAUCAUCGCGGAGCUUCCUCUCCCUCCGACAUUAACUCCUUCGUGGAGUCGCUCCUGAGCCGCGACGACGAGAUGAUGUGGGCGUUCCCCGAGUUCUUGAACGACCCUUUCGUCUGUCCUUAG